GGCUAAUCACUGCAGAUUGCAAAUCGAUAUACCAAUAUCAAUGGCAGUAACCAGAGAUAACCGCCCCGAGGGUCCACGAUAAUAGAUAUAGAAAUUAACACAAUUGUGUGUGCGCCGAUGCUCCGAGGUCCAAACCGAUCCGAACCGAGCGGCAGCUGCCUGCGAGAGCUGAUAAUGAGCCGGAUCGACUUUCGUACAAAACAAUAACAGAACGCCACUAGCUCACGUAGUACGCCGGCAGUUCUCGGUCACCAAACAACGACGACAGUUGAGAUUCAAUAGCCCCCCCCAUCCGAGAUGCGCAGCCUCAGUCGCUUUCGCCUGAUCACCUUUGACGUGACCAAUACGCUUCUCCAAUUCCGGACAACGCCCGGCAAGCAGUAUGGCGAGAUUGGUGCCCUCUUUGGCGCCCGCUGCGACAACAAUGAGCUGGCCAAGAAUUUCAAGGCCAACUGGUACAAGAUGAACCGGGAUUAUCCCAAUUUCGGACGGGAAACAGAGCCACAGAUCGAGUGGCAGCAGUGGUGGCGUAAGCUGAUAGCAGGCACCUUUGCGGACAGCGGAGCCGCCAUACCCGAUGACAAGCUGCACAACUUCUCCAAUCAUCUGAUUGAGCUCUACAAGACCUCCAUUUGCUGGCAGCCCUGCAAUGGCAGCGUUGAGCUACUGCAGCAGCUACGCAAGGAGUUCAAACCGGAUAAGUGUAAGCUGGGCGUGAUAGCCAACUUUGAUCCGCGUCUGCCGGCACUGCUCCAAAACACCAAGCUGGAUCAGUAUCUGGACUUUGCCCUGACCUCGUACGAGGUCAAGGCGGAGAAGCCCUCGGCAGAGAUCUUUCACCAGGCCAUGGAGAAGGCGGGCCUGAAGAAUCUCCAGCCGGAGGAGUGUCUUCAUAUAGGCGAUGGACCCACCACCGAUUAUCUAGCCGCCAAGGAGCUGGGCUGGCACUCGGCCCUGGUGCACGAGAAGAGCUAUGCUUAUUUGGUGAGGAAGUACGGUGAGGAUAUCGAUCGCGAUCAUGUCUUUCCCAGUCUCUACGAUUUUCACAAAAAGAUCACGGACGGGACAGUGGUCUGGUGAGCCAAUUGUAAAUAUAUUAAACUAGUAAAAGCCAAA